AUGGUCUGGGAUCCGUGGCUCAUCGUAGCGCAGAUCGCGUGUCUACAGUCGUUAUUCUACCUCUCUCUCGGCGUUUUCCUGUGGCUCUUCGUCGGGUCGCACGUUCCGCGAUUCACGCUCAAGUAUUUCUUCGACUACUCCGUGAUUUCGCCGUCCAGCUUCGUCGGCUGGUGCUGCAUAUUCGCGUUUCUGGCGAACGCGUUUGUAGGCGCCUUUUACCUGGUAGUAGUGGUGGAGCGAACCAAGAAGUGCCUUGACUUUGCAGCCACGGUGCAUCUGCUGCACGCGCUGCUCUGCCUGCUCUACGCGCGCGUCCCCUCCUCCUUCUCCUUCUGGCUCACCUCCUUCCUCUCCUGCCUGCUCAUGACUCUCCUCGGGGAAUGGCUGUGCUUGCAACGGGAGCAACGAGAGAUUCCACUUUCCACCACCGGAGGUGCUGGAGGAGCAGCGGGAUCGAGUCGGGCCUGA